AACAUAGGCUAGCGUAUCGCGGCUUGACCUCGAGAUGUUAUAGUACGGAGCCCCCGGAGCAGCGAACUGAAGGCGAUUUCACGAGUUUCGCGUCCAAGUUCCGUCAAGACUAUGAGCGCAAGCGUCCCGCAAUGGCGGUUUACAGGUUCAGACUGGUGUCACUCAAAAAUCCACAUAUGGAAAGUGCCAAACUGCGGCCGUAUCAGCCAGUGCUCCCUCUAGUGUCAUUACCGGAGCUGCCUCCUCGACCAGCCUAUCCAUCUCUAUGGGUCGAUGACGAUGACUACGAACCGUAUCUCAAGCCACUCUACUCCAGGUUGUGGAGAGUUUACCUGCGCUUCGAUACUGGAGAACCGAGACGCAAGAGACAGCUGUUUUUCGGAAAGCAUAUGGUCUUCGUCAACGCGGACUACGCGGAAGAGUAUGUCAAGGGGUUGAAAGUACUGAUGGAAAAGGCCGCACACGAUGGCCAUGUCCAACAAGUAGAGAAUAACGUUUUCUAUGCGACGAACACACACUCCGCCAAACGGGACGCCGAGGCUAGACAUGAGGUGCCUGGAAUCACCUAUCACGACAUCCGCCUCGCGAUCAAAGCCGAGAAGCUGUGGGAAGAGUAUGCUGUCUCUGCUAAAGCGACGAUUCAAUCCGGUAGCUUGGGUGACUCGGGCGUCAUGGUCGAGUCGAUUAGAGCGUUCGGGACUUCAGUGCGUUCCUGGACAGGCUGGAAGACGCCAAAUAAUCCACGUGUUGACGGUACCAGGAAAAAGUCCAAGACUGCGAAGUCUGGAGUCGUCUCGUCAUCUCUCCCCUCAUCCAAGAAGGAUAUCUCGUCAUGAAAUUAAUGCGCCGUCCAAUUUCAGCUUAGUUGUAGAACCUACACCGUUGUCUCCUCUGCGAUAGUUACUCCCCACACUGGAUGGGUCUACUAAUAUUCCCAUCCACUACUCGUAAAAUUCCGUUGUCAAGUAUGGGAUAUAUCCCAUAUGCCAGAAUCGCGGUGACAAACCCUUCACUAUGAUUUCGUGUUCUCUCAAUUACUAUGAAACAAGACUGAACGCUGACGCGCUGACUGGAUUUCUGGCCGGAUAUUAUAAGUGCCUGUAUAUAUCCUGAUGUCCAGUCCGUCACGGUCACAGCUUUUUGGUGGCGUUCGACAGAAAU